AUGGAGCAAUCGAUAAAAUUCAUCAUUUCGCUGAUCUGCCUAUUACUGGCUGCUGGCUUUUAUUUUGUGGCAUUAGCUACAUCCUAUUGGUCUGUUGGAAGGUUGUUAAUAUUUGGUUUAUGGCAGUAUUGUUACGUUAGUGUAGAAACUGUUAUUGUGAAGAAUUGGAAGUGCCACCCAAAUAAUACAGAUUUCACCAUGUCAGCCCAGAUAUUUUCAAUUCUAGCUGUGAUGUGUUAUCUUGUUGCAUUUUUACUUUUCAUGAUAUCUGCUUUUAUUCCAUCCAAAAAUAAAUCUAGACCAGUAAUCAUGACCAUCUGCCUUCUAACGUUCUGUAUAGUGAGUCUACAGAUCAUGUCAAUGGUGGUAUUUGCAGUGAAAAUAAAUGAAUAUUUUAGAAAAAUUCAGAAUAAACAUUUUGAAAAUGAAUUUGAAACAGUGACGAUUUCCUGGUCUUUUGUGAUAGGGAUUGUAUCAAAUGUGAUAUGUACUGUUUCGGGGGUGUGUAUAUUUGUGGACUUGAGAAAUCUUGCCAUUGACGAACUAGAUGGUCUAAAUGACUUAAAUGCAUAA